CCUUUGUUUAAAGUUUAGUGAGUGGCCCUCUAGAAAUUGUCAGGAUAUGACAGAAUAAUUGAAUGAACAGUCAUCACUGUUUUAAUGUUAUCUAAAUAUAUUUUUAAGGAAAUAAAAAAAAAGUCGUCAGAGUUUCGCUAUCCAAAAAUAGUUAUUUAUAUUUGAUGAUUAUCCAUUACAGCCCUUCAAACUCUCCACUCGACUCUGGUCAGCUGUCUCUUGCUUCUACUCUAGGGUUCUCUCAAGCUUCCACUCUGUUCUGUUCGUCUUCUUCUCUAAGCUCAGGGAAAGAUGCAAGCUGCGAUUCGUUCGUUUGUCUCCGGUGGAAAUGUUGUCAAGGCCUCUCUGCUGCAACAUCUCCGUGUGAUGAACCCGGCGAUUCAGCCUUCCGUGUUUUGUACACGCUCCGAAUCCACUCAGUCUGCUCGUAUGGAGGAACAUGGAUUCGAGAGCACAACCAUUUCUGACAUUAUGAACGCCAAAGGCAAAAGUGCUGAUGGAUCUUGGCUUUGGUGUACUACUGAUGACACUGUUUACGAUGCUGUUAAAUCCAUGACACAACACAAUGUUGGUGCCUUGGUGGUUGUGAAACCUGGUGAGCAACAAUCUCUUGCUGGAAUCAUUACAGAGAGAGAUUAUCUGCGGAAGAUCAUAGUGCAAGGGAGAUCAUCCAAAUCAACAAAAGUAGGGGAUAUUAUGACUGAAGAGAAUAAGCUCAUCACUGUGACACCGGAGACCAAGGUCUUGCGGGCUAUGCAACUGAUGACAGAUAACAGGAUCAGGCACAUUCCAGUAAUCAAAGACACGGGUAUGGUGGGAAUGGUGUCCAUAGGAGACGUGGUCCGUGCAGUUGUCAGUGAACAUCGAGAGGAGCUUGACCGCCUGAAUGCUUUUAUUCAGGGAGGUUACUAAAAAGUUGAAGGUUGGUAAUAAAAGAGUUCCUUCUCGUGUCUGGUCCAGUGCUUGAUGAUGUCGAAAGCUUUUAGAUCAAUGUAUAUAUAUGGAGUCUUCGUUGUUGUUUUUAUUGUCUGAUGUUUGUUGUUGUUGUGUUUUGUUUCAUUCGUUAACUUGCCAAGACUGAGUUCUUGUGCUUCUCUUAUUGUGCUACUCUUCAAGAUAAUAAAACCAAAGACUCCAUCCCUU